UUUCUCUCUAGCUGUGGCAAUGAAAAUCGUGUUGAAAUGGUCCAUGCAAUUGGCAACAGUUUGAUGUGGAUGCAUACGCUGAAGUCAGAGAGUCAAAAACAAUAAUUUGAUUAUCUGGUGGGACUGGUGAGAUGAUGAGGCCUGCCGGUGCCACCAACCGCGCCAACUAAACCACGAAUCCUCACCAACCCUCUUCCUCUUAUAAAAAGUCCUUGGAGCAUCAGCGAACACAAGAUCAAGUUUAAGAAACUGAAGCUCGCCAUUCUUCGGCAAUCCGCCAUGGAAAGUUCGAUUGGCAGGGUCGCUCCUCUGGAAGCCGUCCUGUUCGACAUCGAUGGAACAAUGUGCGUCUCCGACCCCUUCCAUCACAGAGCAUUCUCCGAGCUGCUCCUCAAGGUUGGCUACAACGACGGCGUCCCGAUCACGCCGGAGUUCGGCAUGAAGCACAUGGCCGGCCGGAGCAACGGGCAGAUCGGCGACUUCCUCUUCCCAGACUGGGACAAAGACAAAAUCGACGGCUUCUUCAGGGAAAAGGAGGCGAUGUUUGCCAAGUACGCCACCGAGGGGCUCACGGAGAUCGCCGGACUGACCCGGCUCUGCCGGUGGGCCGAAGAGCGCGGGCUCAAGCGCGCGGCCGUGACCAAUGCGCCGAGGGCCAACGCCGCGCUCAUGAUCUCCAUCCUCGGCCUGUCGGACUUCUUCCAGCUCAUCGUCACCGGCGAGGACUGUGACCGCUCCAAGCCGUUCCCCGACCCCUACCUCAGCGCUCUCACCCUGCUCGGUGCCUCGCCUGACCACACCGUCAUCUUUGAGGACUCAACGAUCGGGGUGCAGGCCGGCGUUGCUGCCGGGAUGCCCGUGAUUGCGAUCGCCGAUGAGAGCCGAGAGGGCAAGCUCAUCGCCACCGGCGCAGCACUCGUCAUCAGGGACUACCGAGACGCCAAGCUCUGGGCGGCAUUGGACAAACUGGAUGCCAAAGCUGACGCUGCCGAGAUCAAUGGAGUAACACAGAACGGUGACUGAGGAAGAAAGAGUGCUAAAAAAGAAUUUGCUAUAUUUCACGCAUAAUUGUAGUACCACUCAUUCAUGUAUGUUAAUGUGAUACAAAUUUUCCAGUGGGCCAAGCCGGUACAAAUAAGCAAAAACAAAAUUGAUUGCCAUGGAAGCAAAAUUC